AUGACGACCGUCUGCUCGACCCCGAACUCUCCGCCCGAUCUGACCGGGUCCAAGUCCUCCAAGUCCUCUUCUUUUCGUUCUUCAUCCCAACAUUCUGGGCCCGAGGCCCUUUUCACCGAUAUUUCCAACUUCGAAGAAGUCGACCUUCAAGACGAAGCGCAUAUCACAUACAUGGAUGCCAAAGUACCUUUUAGUCGGACCGGCGGCAUCACCCAAACAUUCCCGACCAGGAUGCAGACCAAAUCGGCCGUGGUCACAACCCGCGACUUAACCGCCGCGAAACCGAGUAAAUUGACGGCGCAGACCAACGGCACUCUGGUCCAGCCGGGCCGCGGCGGACACAACCUCAAGACCGGAAACCAGCGGGAAUCCACCAUGGGCAAGCACGCACCGCUGCAAGUCUCUAAACCCCGUCGAUCACGAUCCAACUCACCGCUGCGACCCACCUCGAGCUUAGGAUUAUCCCCUUCUACGCACAGCUUGUCCUUGGCGCCCGCCGCUCCCCGGACGCUCAACCGGAAGCCAUCCUGGCAGCGGACCCGCAGAACCCUCAAAGAUUUAGAGGAAGAGUAUCACGAUUCUGAUGAGGAUUUGCCGGAAGAUGCCAGUCUCUGGAAUGUUCCCAUCUCCCCCCGACCGAUGCAAGAUCGAGCCCCGUCUCGGAGUACAAGUCCAAAUGGUCGCAGUCCUGGACCCCGGCCGUUGCCUCUGUCGCAUUCCGCAUCAGAUGUCACCCUCCCGAAGUCUCCGUCGGGGUCGCGAUCCCCCACAUCACGAAGUGCUCGUUCCAAGGUACGUUCCAGCUCCGCGGGGCCGGAACGAGGCCAGAUCUCUCCUCGUAACCCCCGAGCCUACUCGUACAACAGCAUGAUGUCAGACCUAUCGGAGGAAGCAAGAAUAAUCACCGAAGCGCUGGAGUUUCAUGCCGACGAGCGUGAACGCCAGCGUGGGGAGAGCUUGCAGAGCGGGCUGUCUUCAUUGAGGUCUAGCACGGAUUCGAAGCAGGGAUCGAAAACCCCGAUUGAGCUGCCACCGCUACAAAAGUCAAACAUCAUGAUCGACCCAUUACCUAUUAGCAAAGAGAAAGAGAAGGUGCUGAGCCGAACCCGGCCAAGCUGGCUACCCCCGAAGGAUCCCUUGGAGGAGAAACGGCAUUUGAAGGAAUACAAGAAAAUGAUGGCGCAGUCACGAGAAGCAGACAAGCGUCGAGCGGCCAAGGCUGCUUCAGCCAAAUGCGAGAAAGAUAAUACUCGGGAAACCCUGCAACAGAUCUGGGACGACUAUGUGUAUCCGAAUUGGGACAGUGUUAUUCAUGAGCCUCGUACGCGGGAGCUGUGGUGGCGCGGUGUGCCGCCGCGGCUCCGUGGAUCGACCUGGCAGCGGGCCAUCGGCAAUGAGCUAGCUCUCUCAGAGGAAACGUACAACAAGGCGCUGCAACGGGCCAAGGAUUUGCGCGCUCGCCCCGACAGCGAUACGGGGGAGAGCAACAAGCGAAUGCGGGAGUGGUUUGGCACCAUUGAACAAGACGUGUCCAAGGCUUUCCCGGAUCUUAAGUUGUUUCAACCUGGCGGUCCACUUCGUGAGACGUUGAUUGAUGUCUUGGAGGCUUACUCGAUGUACCGGAGCGAUGUCGGAUACGUCAGUGGACUGCAUACCAUUGCUGCCCUUCUGGUUCUUCAAUUCCCAUCUCCGUCAACUGCAUUCCUUGCUAUGGCCAAUGCACUCAACCGCCCCCUUCCCGUUGCCUUCUUGACGCUCGACCGCGGGGCUAUCGGUCGGACUUAUUCUUUGGCGUCCGCGACGCUCAAAUACAAGUUUCCACGUCUUUCGACGCAUUUGUAUGAGACACUCCGUCUCAGCGAUGAGGAAAUCUGGGAACCGAUGUUCCGCUCCCUGCUAACAAAUGGACUGGACCUCGAGCGUCUGAGCCGGGUCUGGGACUGCUGGGUGUUUGAAGGGGACCGGAUUAUGAUUCGCGCAGCGGUUGCGACUCUGGGCAGCUUGCAGCUGCAGCUGUUUGGCUUUACUAAACCCGACGAUCAGAGUCGGCAGUCCGUGCAGGGAAUACUGAGUUGGGGACCGCGUCAAGCCGGGACCAACAGUAGCAAAGAGCAGCGCCACAGCGCACCGGCAGCUCCAACGCCGGCAGGCUUUGGCGGUGGAGGUCUUGCAUCUUCUGGGGUCGGCGACUAUUGGCUACUCUCCUCCGCAGGCGACGAGGAUGGGUUUAUGAGCGAGGUGAGAGAAGCAGGGAAGGUCCGGUGA